AAGUUGAGAUUUUGUGCAUUUGUGAUAAAUCGGAAAUAAUCUUUAGUUUAAUGAAAUAAUCUUAGUGUUUUAAAAUACAAUUACAACACCAGUGGCAUAGGGUGUCGUUUAAAGUGUAUAUUUCUAAAUUUAAUUGUGUUAUUUUUCUUUCAGUCUUAGUGCGAAGGAUCGGCUUCACCAUGCCCCGCGAAAUUAAAGAUAUCAAGGACUUCCUCCUAAAGGCGCGCAGGAAAGAUGCUAAAUCUGUGAAGAUAAAGAAGAAUCCCGAGAACGUGAAGUUCAAGGUCCGUUGCUCGCGGUUCCUAUACACGCUCGUCAUCACCGACAAGGAGAAGGCGGAGAAACUCAAACAAAGCCUGCCCCCAGGUCUCCAAGUCAAAGAAGUUAAGUGAAGUGACCUAGACUAAGUUAAUAAAAAAAGUGUAAAAACA